UGUUCAAUAAGUUUGACCCUUCGGAUCAUAUUGUACAAAAUAUUUUCAAGGACCAUGGGAAAAGACUUCUACAAGAUACUGCGGGUCUGUCGUGGAGCCACUCCCUAUGAAAUCUGUAAGGCGUACCGUAAGCUGGCGCAGCGCUACCAUCCGCACAAGAGCAAGCACUCCCAUGCCGCUAGGCGCUUCCAGCAGGUGGCCGAGGCCUUCGAGGUCCUCUCGGACAGGAAGAAGCGCAACCAGUACAACGACCUGGGCGAGAGGGGUCUCCGGCUCGAAGGCGUCUCCGGAUACCAGAUCCACAGUGACCCGCACGCCACCUUCGCUCAGUUCUUCGGCACCAACGACGUUUUUGCCAUUGGAUCAGGAUCAGGGAGUGCCCGUCGCCCAAAGAAUCAGGCGAUAGAACAAGAGCUUCUUGUGUCACUGGAGGAAAUAGCCAAGGGGUGUACUAAGCGCAUUAAGAUCUCGCAACAGAAGAUCUCGGCCAUCGGCCGGGCAGUUCAAUAUGAGAAGGCAUUCAUCGUCGAGAUCCUUCCGGGCUGGAGGGCCGGCACCAGGAUCACCUUUCCCGACCAGGGCGACAAGGUGCUCAACCGUGCACCCGGCGACGUGGUGUUCGUCCUUCGGGAAAAACCACACCAGUACUUCCGCCGAGAGGGAAGGCAUCUACGAUACACUGCCCGUAUCUCGCUGAAGAAUGCGCUGUGCGGUGGCAACGUGGAAAUUCCCUCGCUUCUGGGUAAGCCGGUGCUACUCUGCAUCCAAGAUGAGGUGCUUAAUCCGAACUCCAAGCGGAUCUUUCUGGGCCAGGGACUGCCCUAUCGGAGGGACAGCUCACGCCGCGGCAAACUCAUCGUUGACUUUUCGAUUGAGUUCCCGACAGAAAAAUUGCAGGAUAACGUCCUCGAUUUGAUACCUUCUGACUAACUUCCAAUAGGUCCCAGCCUCAUAUCUUAUGGGGAAUGGACGUCGCUUUCAAGUACUUAGUCUUAAGCUUGUAAUACCAUUGAAUUCCCAAUAAUAAAAUA